AAUGGUUGUUGUUUCUAUGUGCCCUGCGAUUGGCUGGCGACCAGUUGAGGGUGUACCCCGCCCCCUGGCCGAUGAUGGCUAGGAUGGGCUCCAGCACGCCCGCCACCCGCGUGAGGAGAAGCGAUAAGGAAAAUGAUGGGAAUAUCUUGUACGACGAAUCAUUGUCUUUGUGGGGCUCUCGCUCCCCUGUGUGGCCUGCCAGCGCCCACUCGUCGUCGUCGUCUUCUUCAUCUUCAUCAUCCUCGUCGGCCCACAUGGCCAAAGGGGCGGGGCCACCGCACGGCUCGGACCCGGGUCCGAGCGAAUCCGACGUGCGUCGCUGUGAGGAGGCCUGCCGGGGCGGGGACUUCGCCCUGGCGGCGCGGCUGUGCACGGAGGCCCUGGCGGCGGACCCCCUCAACUGCGUGGCGUACAGCGCCCGCUCGGCGGCCCACCUCGGCCUGGGUCGCUACCGCCGGGCCCUGCGCGACGCCAACAAGGCCCGAGACAUCAACCCCAAGUGGACGCAGGCCUACUUCCGCCAGGCGGUGGCGCUGCAGCACCUCGGUCGCCACGGAGAUGCCCUGGCAGCGUUUGCCUCUGGCGUGGCCCAGGACCCCAAGAAUCUGCAGCUCCUUACGGGAAUGGUGGAGGCCGCCAUGAAGUCGCCCCUCAGAGAGUCUCUGGCACCUACCUACCGUCAGCUGUGCGCCAUGAAACUGGAACGCAGCCCCUUCAUGGUGGUGUCACUGAUUGGCCAGGAGUUGCUGACACAUGGAUUCCACGCCGCCGCCGCAGAAGCGCUGGAGGCGGCGCUGCAGAUCGGCACGUGCUCGCUGAAGAUGCGUGGCUCCGUCUUCUCGGCGCUCAGCGCGGCGUACUGGUCACUAGGCUACACAGAGAAGAGCCUGGACUACAUACAGCAGGACCUGGAUGUGGCCCGCACCUUAGGUGAUCAGACGGGUGAAUGCCGUGCCCAUGGCAACCUUGGCUCCGCCUUCUUCUCCAAAGGCAGAUAUCGAGAGGCGCUGGCCAAUCACAGGCAACAACUGGUUCUGGCCAUGAAGCUCAAGCAUAAAGAGGGAGCGUCCGAUGCCCUCGGCGCUUUGGGCCAUGUGUACACGGCCAUCGGCGACUACCCCAACGCGCUAGCUAGCCACAAGCAAUGUGUCGCGCUGGCCAGACAAAAUGGUUGCCAGCUCUCAGAGGCCCGCCAGCUGGGCAACAUGGGUGCCGUGUACACCGCCAUGGGGGACGCCACCGGCGCACUGCGGUGCCACCAGCAACACUUGGAUAUCGCUGAGGCUCUGGAGGACCGGCGCGAGGAAGCUCGUGCCUACAGCAACCUGGGCAGCGCCUACCACUCUCAGCGUGACUACGACAAAGCCGUCUCCUACCACAGGCGAGUUCUCAAGCUGGCUCAGGAGCUUGGAGACCGCACUGUGGAGAUGAGGGCCUACGCCGGCCUGGGACACGCCGCCCGAUGCAUGCAGGACCUGGAGGCGGCUCUGCGGUACCACCGACAGCAGCUGGAAAGUUCCGAGGAGCUGCAGGACGCGGCGGCCCGAGGCCGAGCCUCUUCCAACUUGGGCAUCAUCCAUCAGAUGAGGGGCGACUACAAGGUAGCCCUGAAGCUCCACAAGGCCCACCUGACCUGUGCCCAGGAGCUAGGUGACUACGCCGCCCAGGGGAGGGCCUACGGCAACAUGGGCAACGCUUACCACGCCCUGGGCCUCUACGAGCAAGCUGUGGGCUUCCAUCGCCAGGAAUUGAACAUCUCCCUGGAGGUGAAUGACCGUGCGUCCCAGGCCUCCACGCACGGCAAUCUGGCGGUGGCCUACCAGGCGCUAGGUGCUCCGGAGCAGGCCCUCCAGCACUACCUGCACCACCUGACCAUCUCACGGGAGCUUCGUGACGUUCAAAGUGAAGCGAGAGCUUUAGCAAACUUGGGCAACUUCCAUUGCUGCAGAGGUGACUACACGCAGGCGGUGCCGUACUACCAGCAGUACUUGCUUCUGGCUCCCAGCCUUCAGGACCCGGAGGGUGAGGGAAAAGUUUGCCACAACCUCGCGUAUGCCCACUUCUGCCUGGGACAGUACCAAGAGGCCAUCAGAUACUACGAGCAGGACCUGGCCUUGGCCAAGGACCUGCAGGACAAGUUGGCCCAGGCCAAAGCUUACUGUAACCUGGGCCUCGCCCACAAAGCCUUGGGGGAGUUCAGGAGAGCAGAAGAAUGUCAGAGAUAUCUGCUCCAGAUAGCACAAGCUUUGGAGAACACACAGGCUACCUUCAGGGCUUUGGGCAACCUUGGAGAUGUUUGUGUUUGUCUGGGAGAUCUUCAGGGAGCCAACCGCUUCUACCAGCAGCAGUUAUCUUUAGCUCAGAAUCUCGUGGAUAACAAGAUGGAGGCGGAUGCCUACUCAGCUCUAGGAUCAGUUCACAGGUUGCUUGGCCAGCUGGACACAUCCUUGUCCUUCCACAGCCAGGAGCUGACCCUGCGCAAGGAUCUUGGCGACCAUCGGGGGGAGUGCCACGCCCUGGGUCGCCUGGCCGGCGUACACAUGGCCCUGGGAGACUACGGCACAACCCUGCUGUGCUACGAGGCUCAGCUGGGCCUGGCGCAACGGCUCAACGACGCCCGCCUGGAGGCCCGGGUCCACGGGAACAUGGGCAUCGCCAAGAUGAACAUGGGCCACUUUGAGGAGGCCAUUGGCUUCUUGGAGCAGCAGCUAGCCAUGUUGCAGCAGGUGAGCUCCAGGGAGGGCAUCCUGGAUCGCGGAAAGGCUUACGGUAACCUUGCAGACUGUUACGACGCCCUGGGAGACUUUGAGGAGGCAAUUCAGUGCUAUGACAAGGCCCUGACGGUGGCUCAAAGUCUCAAGCAAGUCCAGGACCAGGAGAAAGCCUACAGAGGACUUGGCAAUGCUCACAGGUCUGUGGGCAACCUCCAGCAAGCUUUGGUGUGCUUGGAGAAGCGGCUGGUGUUGGCCCACGAGAUGGGCGGAGCGGCAGGUGGGAAGGCACAGGCCUACGGCGAACUGGGCGACCUGCACAGUCAGCUGGGAAACUACGAGCAGGCCUUGACCUGCCUGGAGCACCAACUCGGCAUCGCUCGCUCAACCGGGGAUGAAUCUCUGGAAGCGCAGGCCAGCGACUCACUCGGUGGAGUUUACCAAUUGAUGGCCGACUACAUGACAGCGCGGCAGUGGCACCAAAGAGCUCUGGACAUGGCGGAGCAGAAGGGCUGCGUGAGGAACCAAACCCGAGCCUACGGAAACCUAGGAGUGACCUACGAGGCUCUGGGCAACUACGAGAGGGCCCUGGUUUUCCAGGAGCAGCACCUUAGCAUGGCGGCACAGACCAACGACUUGGUGGCCAAAACGUUGGCAUACGGGAGCCUGGGGAGGGUACACCACGCGCUGGGCAACUACACGCAGGCCGUGAUGUACCUGCAGGAAGGACUGCGCCUGGCCGAGCAGUUGGCUCGCAGAGAAGACGAGGCCAAGCUACGCCACCGUCUCGGCUUGUCUCUUUGGGCUGAUGGAAACCUGGAGGAGGCCCAGCACCAGCUGUACCGAGCAUCGAUUCUCUUUGAGAGUAUUCGUCGCGAGAUGCAGCACAGUCCAGACUACAAGCUUUCCCUCUUUGACCUGCAGAGCAGCUCGUACCAGGCUCUCCAGAGAGUCCUUGUCAGCCUCGGGCGCCACGAGGAGGCGCUCUCCAUAGCGGAGCGAGGCCGAACGCGGGCCUUCGCCGACCUCCUGGUGGAACGUCAGAAAGGACGCCAGCGGCCGGAAGGCUCAGACCAGUACGCUCCUGUUACGGUGGAGCACAUUAGGGAGACUGUCAACUCCCUGAAGGCCAUGGUGCUAUACUUUUCAGUGGCGGGAGGCUUCCUGUACAGCUGGCUGCUGGCUCCUGGUUCAGGCAUUGUCAAAUUCAACCAGGCCCGUGUGGGAGCUGAUGCGCCAGAGUUCCAAGACGACGGUUGGAGCUCGUUGGACGGCGGUCUACUUUCUCUGGAGCAGUACAUCUCCAACGCUAGAGAGGUUCUGGGAGUUGACGGAUACCUCAGCAGGCUUCAUGCGGGCAGCGAGACGGAGAGCGAAGCGGGAGAUGUUCCGGAGCUACACUUUGACGAGCUCAGCGAAAAACUGAGCUCAGAUGACGACCCCAGCGGCUACCUGCGCAUGGUAUCCAGGAACAACAUCUUCAACAGAAGCUGCCGCAGCGUGAGCAGCAUCAACAGCGUUUCUUCGGCGAAGGACGGCUCGUCUUCUCCUUCCUGCCGGACGGGUAUCGAACGUUCUCCUCUCAGCGCCCUCUACGACUUGCUCAUUGCGCCGAUGGAGGCGGCCCUGCUGCACAGCAGCGGUCCAGCGGGCCAACAACGGCAGCUGGUCCUGGUCCUGGAGGGCGACUUGUACCUGGUACCCUUCGCCUCGCUCAAAGGCAGCUCGUCCAACGAGUUCCUCUACGAGAUGUUCAGUCUGCUUUGCGUGCCCUCGUUAGCGAGCCUGCGAGCUUCCGGGAAGCGUUCCCACGCCGGUGACCCCUCGCCCUGCUGGGACGGUGGCUCUGUGUCCGCCGUGGUGGGGGCGCCCCUCCUGCCGCCCGGCCUGAUGCGGCGCUGGUUGCGGGGGCCGCUGCCUUCUGCCCGGGAUGAGGCUCUGCGGCUGGGGGAGCAGCUGGGGUGUCGCCCGCUCACCGGCGUCAACGCCACAAAGGAAGCUGCCCUCGCCGCCCUCGCUCGGGCGCAGUGCGUUCACUUUGCCACUCACGUUUCCUGGAAGCUCGCCGCCCUGGUGUUCGCCCCGGGUGGGGAACGAGCCGCCGCCCAGGAGGAGGAGGGGGGGGGCCGGCAGAUGAUGGCUUCAAGUGCGGCGCGCAAACAUAGAGGGAAGAAGGCUUGUGAGGAUGAGGACAGCGAAUGUGAGAGCGCGUGCAGCGGUCCGCCGCUUGGAGAUUUCCUCCUCACCGCGGCGGAUAUCUUGGAGCGCAACCUGAGCGUCAAGCUGGUGGUCCUCAGGUCGUUCCCCGAGUGUGGCGUCCGGGUGACGUGUGACGGCUUGUCGGGCCUGACCGGAGCCCUGCUGUCGGCGGGCGUCGGAUGCGUGUGCGUGUCUCUGUGGCCGACUCCGCCCCCUGCCUCCAAACUCUUCAUGCGGACCUUCUACACGGCUCUGCUCAAUGGCGCCCCCUGCAGCGCCGCGCUCAAUGACGCCAUGAGGACGCUACACAACAACAAGGACUUCGCACACCCCUCAAACUGGGCAGGUUACCUUCUGAUCGGCGGCGACGUGAAGGUGAGCGGCCCCGAGUCCGUGGCGCGACAGGCCUUGGCGGAGGUCCUCCGGCACGCCGACCGGGCCAGGGACGCCCUGAGGGUCCUUCUCCACCUGGUGGAGAAGUCUUUGCAGCGCAUUCACAGCGGCCACAACAACGCCAUGUAUACGUCGCAGCGCAGUGUAGACAAUAAGGUCGGCGGUGUUCCCGGGUGGCGAUCCCUGCUGACGGCGUUGGGUUUCCGUUUGGACCUCGGCGGUUCCGGCCUCCCCGCCGCCGUCUUCUUCCCCACGUCGGAUCCUGGAGAACGGCUGCGACGCUGCAGCCUCACCAUGCAGGCCCUGCUGGGUCUGAGCGCUGCAGCGUUUCAGGCUCUUUGCAAACUGCUGUCAGCACCUGAAGCGGGAGAGCAGCUCGUACACAAGCUCCACCAGGUGCUGCCGCAGCUGCCGUCGCCCGACAGCGAACGCGACCGGCAGUCAGCCGCCGUCCAAACCUCCCUCAGCGUGCGCGUGUGGAGGCUGCCGGGCUGCCACGAGUUCCUUGCCGCGCUGGGGUUCGAUCUGUGCGAGGUGGGUCGGGAGGAGGUUCUGUUGAAGACGGGGAAGCAGGCCAGCAGGCGCGCCAUCAACUUCGCCCUUCAGUCUCUCCUGGUACUCUUUGACUCCACGGAUCUUCCCAAUGGUGCCAGCGUGUCCAGCUCCUCCUCUCUGGAGUCUCUCUCGUCCUCCCCGUCGGCAUCUCAGCCGCCGUCUUUUCCCGCCUCGCCGCCUCAUCCGUCCUCCCCAUCCGCCAUCUGCCGGGACGCGCUGUCCGGCGACGCCGUCUCCGUCUACAGCCUCAGCUCGUUCAACUCCUCCCUCAGCUUCCUGCCGCGGCCUGAGCCCGCGGGAAGCGACGUCGACAGUCAGCGCUCGCGGCCCCGGGAGGGGGAGGAGACGCCUGGCCGCACCAGGCGAACGACCGAUCAGAGCAAAGGGGAGGCGGGCGAUGAGGACUACCAGGGCUACGCCAUCAUCAGCAGCGAGCCUCUCGGGCUCGGGGACUUUGACGCACCACCCGCAGGACACCACCACACCAGGGGUGGCGACGGGGCAAGGGAGGGCGGAGGAGGGUCCGCCACCACUUCCGCGUCAGUGUCUCCGAAAAAAGCGCCACCGCCAAAAGUUCCCCCCAAGCCGCAACACAAACAGGAAAUCAGUUCGUCUUCUCAGAGGAGCGUGACAGCAGGCGAAGGGAAGACCAGCAGCUCCGAGUCAGACCGCUCGAGCACGGAGACCGACAGCACCGUCAAGUCCCAGGAGGAGCGGAGCAUGCCGCCGGGACAACUGGACCCCCAGGAGCUGGCCCGCAAGAUUCUGGAGGAGACCCAUAGCCACAUGCGAGCCGUGGAGAGCCUGCAGAGGGCCGCCGGGCGGCGCUCUCUCUCGACGCCCACCACCCCGAUUCUGAGCAGGGGUGCGCGGGCCUUUCAGCCCUCUGAGACCAGCGCCUUCAGCAGACCCCCAAGUAGGACGAGUCUCGGCGCUCUGCCCCUCAGUCCUCUCUUGCCCAGACCACCUUGCCGCUCCUCCUCCCUGCAGAAGCUCGUGCCGUCCUCAUCUCCCAAACGUCUCACCUCACUUGACAAAGAGUCCCACCUCAAACCUCCAUCUGGCAGCGAGUCGCAACGAAAACCACCUGGCAGAGAGUCUCGCGUCGGACCUUCAACUGGGAGACGGUCCCACCUUACACCUUCAUCUUCCAUUGAGCCCCAUCUCAGACCUUCAGCUGGCAGCGAGUCCAAAGUCAAACCAUUUCACAGCAAGUCCCUCCUCAGACCUUCAACUGGCAGAGAGCCCAACUUCAAACCUUCCCCUGGCAGCGACUCCCACCUCAAACUCUCCCUCAUCCCUUCCCCCUCCCCCAGGGCCGUUCCCCGACCCAAAAGCUUCAAGGCGGCCCGCCAACACGAGGGUGCGUCCCCCGCCAGCCUUCUUCCGGGAAAGAAAAUGAGCACAGUGAAAAAAGAUGUUCUGGGUUUGCUGGACCUCUCGCCGCGACGUGAGCCCACCGAGGGUCUGGAUCAUGUCCACCGCGUGGACACCAAAGCACCCGCCGCUUCCAAACCUCCAAAACGCACCAAAUUUCCUGCUGGCUACAAAUUUCUAGCAGGCCAUUUUUUCCCUUCUUCUAAGUGUUGACACCGGCACCUUAGUGGUUGCCAUGGUGAUUGCCAGGACCUGAUGUUCUGCGAAGGAUGCUGUAGAAGACACUGAGAUGUGAUGCGAAAGCUUUGGUUGCUAGGCAACAACCGUCGGUGUGAAGUAAACAGGAAGAAUGAACGUUGGUGAGACUUGGACUUGAGUUAUGAUGUGUCUGUGUUUAUAAUUUGACGGACGCUGUCAAUUUGUCAGCUGAACACAUUUUGGGGACCAGAAGAUUUUAUAUAAAUAAAUAAAACUCUGAAUGACAUUACUGAGAAUAACUGAGACACUAUUAUAGCAUCAUAUUUCCUAUAUACUGUAAUUGAUUACACGUUCCAGUCAUUAUUACAUCUCAUGUAUUUUAAAAAAACGAGUAAAGCAGUGAAUUGAAAUAUUCUUUCGAUGUCUCAACUAAUAAAUGACUUCGUGAAAACUUCAUAACUACUCAUUUCUCCAAGGAUUUUACAGUAGAGUGGACUCCUCAUAUUCACGGUUCGGCAUUCACAAAUGUACCUAUUUGAUGAUGUUGGGGGUAACCUAUUGCCCGUUAUUUGUUUUUAAGUCCCUUUUUUUUUUAAUGGCAGAAUACUGUCUUCACUAUGUUUGCAAGCAUUUGGAAUGCUAUGAGCCACUUCCCAUAGUUUGGUGUAUAUUUAUGGUUUAAACUAUCAAUAUAGGGAAUUAUACUUUUUGGGUGCCCCCCGCUAUAUGUAGACUUUUGCUAUUUGCGGGUGGGCAAUUAUAUGUUUUUGGGUGACCCCCACUGAAUGUUAAUGUAAACAUUAGUGUACCUGAAAAGCCCAAGACACAAAUAAAUUGUGUUUUCACCUAUUUCUAUAUUGCAAAGUAUUUGUUUUUUAACCACAGAAUGAUCAAAAUAAGGCAACUACAAUUUUGUUCUGUGGCUGGAACAGAUUAAUUGCAUUUCCAUUCAUUUCAAUUGGAAACAUGACCUCGGUUUGAACGAGGUCGUGGAACAAAUAAAAUUGAUACUGA